GUCACACCAGUGUUUUGACCCACUGUGCGCCAUAGAGUUGAAGCUAGGUCGAGUGUGUUUGGAUCCGUGUGAGGGUAUCGCCUCCAGAAAGUGCUAAAAAACUACAAUUCUUAAUAAAAAUAAACAACUGCGGGACGGAGGCAUGAAGAAAUACACAGAGAAAUGGGGGAUAUGCUGUACAGUCUAAACGACAACGAAGACCUCCUGUACAUUUCUAGUGAGAGAAGCCUAAAUUAUGAAAGGUCCAAGACACUGUUUGAAGAAAUCCGUGCAUCUGUUAACAAUAACGAUGAGGAAGAUCGCUGCUUCUGGAGGCCUGUACUUCCAUGGGGCGGUGUUUAUACAAUUAAGGCUGGGCGGAAGGCAAUGUCCUGCAUUCCACUGUACGUGCAGAUAAGCCUUAAGAACACAUGCACCAUCGAUGGUUUCCUUAUGAUCCUGUAUGUUAUUCUACGGGACAACCAGGGCUUUUCCAGGGAGCUCUCUGUAUUUCUCGGUAAGCACUUCGUGGAUUACUUCCUGCACCUGAUGGAUUCCUGUGACUACACAACUGUUAAAAUGCUGUGGAUAUGGGAGAGGAUGUCCAAAAAGCAAUAUCGGUCAGAAGUACACAAGGCAGCGUUAGAGAUUGACCUGUUUGGCAAUGAACAUCAGAAUUUCACCGAAAACCUGGAUGAUUUGAUGUCCACCAUGCAAGAGAGUUUGUGUGACAACUGGAGUUGUCCAGUCCGCGUCCAGGAGCUGAUCAAGACUACCAUCAACAUCUGCCCACCCAAUGAGCUGCCCCACAAGGAUCCAAUACAAUCCGCUGUGGAUGAGUUUUUCUUUCCCAAACAUAUCCUCUGCACAGAACUUGGAUGCGGUGGCCUAAGAGAGUAUACUCAAAGAGUGUUCUGCCAUGGACCUCCACCAUUUGUCAUUUUAAACAUGCAGAAGUGGAAGUCAGAGGACUUAUCACAUGUUCCUUUCAACCUUGACCUCUGUCAGCACAGGUAUUUAUUGGAGGGUGCCACUUUAUUUAACAAAGAUGAGCAUCACUACUCUGCAGCAUUUCAGAUUGAUGGCUACUGGUUGCACUAUGAUGGUUUAAGGAGUGACAAUCUUAUCCUGCUGCACAGGCCACCAGAGUUUCUACUGUUAUCCUCGCUGGUUUACAUUCGCUCCAAAUUAACAUAAAAUGAAAAAAACUGUCACAUUUGUUUAUGGUGUAAACAUUGCAUAUUUGUAAACAUGUAUAGAUUCAAUCAAAUCUAUAACUCCUUUAGAAGCUACCUUGGAAUCCAAGAAGAUAAUGGACUAUAAUAGUUCAAGUGUUGUGAUUAAACCAGUAAUUAUAUUAGAAAUUGAAAAUGACUGUUAAAGACAAAUGAGCCAAUAAAGGUUCUGUAUAUCCCCAAGAUACACAUGCAUAUAUAGUAGGUGCUAUUUCUCUGCACAAUGGUUUUAGUUGACAACAUUUAUUUUGAUUUCAAUUAUUAUAUUGGGAAAAUUAUUGUUGGCGACUAAUGGUUGGAUGUUAAACAUCUAAUGUAUGUAAUUCUCGAUCUAUCGGUUGUGAAUGGCAAGCUUUAUGCAUCUAUUUGUUAUGUUCAAUAAAGUCAAUAUGUUACUUAAA